UCUAUUACUGCUCAUUUUGCACAUCAGGGCAAGGGUCGUGUCACAUACUCAAAUUGCCAACACAUGAAGAGUGAGGCAUGUGCUGAACACAUAUGUUGGAUUUCUGAAAGUUCAAGGCCAUUCACUAUUAUGAAGGAUUAUGGAUACAAUUGUUUGAUGAAGAUGGGUCAGCUAAGCUGCUAUAUCUUCAGUCCUAACACAGUUGCUUGUGAUGUUAAGACUGUCUUUGAGCAUAUAUGUCAGCAUAUUUCCAAUAUGCUGCAGAGCUAUAAUGGUGACUUGCACUUCGCUAUGGAUGCUUGGACUUCACUAAAUCACCACCCAUAUAUCAUGGUUACUGUACACUUUGAAGAGAAUGGGAAACCUGUCAGUCUUCUAUCAGACAUCAUUGAGGUUGCAAAGGUAUGUACCACUUCAGUCUGA